AAAAAAUUUCAGAGGAGAAAGAAAUCUUGCAUGGGAUUAGCGGAAGGCUCCCUAGCAAACAGUUGAUCGCUUUAAUGGGACCAUCCGGCGCGGGAAAAUCCACGUUACUUGACAUUCUGUCCGGUUUUCGGACAACCGGAGUGGAUGGUUCCAUAUAUGUUAAUGGUCGUAUUCGACAUCUUAAUAAUUUUCGGAAAUGCAGCGCGUACAUCACGCAAGACGAUCGAUUGGAACCCCUGCUCACCGUGGUCGAAAACAUGAGGGUCGCUGCCGAUUUAAAAUUGCCUUCGAGCACACCAAAACACAAGAAAGAGAUGAUCAUCGAAGAUAUUCUUACGACACUUGGCUUAUACGAACAUAUGAAUACGAGAUCCGGUCGAUUAAGUGGCGGUCAAAAAAAAAGGCUCUCCAUAGCUCUUGAAUUAGUCAAUAAUCCCACAGUGAUGUUCCUGGACGAGCCAACUACAGGUCUGGAUAGUUCAUCUUGCAUGCAAGUCGUAAACUUGCUAAAAAUAUUGGCUCGACAGGGAAGAACAAUAAUUUGUACUAUCCAUCAGCCCAGUGCAUCUUUAUUUCAAUUGUUCGACCAGGUGUAUGUGUUGACGAAUGGAGACUGUCUGUAUCAAGGAGCAACGAGCAAACUCUUGCCAUAUCUGGAAAAUAUGAAACUGCCAUGUCCUAUGUAUCAUAAUCCGGCAGAUUACAUAAUUGAGCUUGCUUGUGGCGAGUACGGUUACGAGAAAAUCAAUACGUUGAUAAUGGGGUCGCAAAAUGGACGAAAUUUGCAGUGGUUCGACAAUCCAGAAACCUUGAAGGAUGCGAAAAGUUUAAGAGCGGAACAUCCUCUGAGAAAUGAAAUAAAUGAUGACAGCGGCUUACACGCGACAAAUCUCGUUCAUCAAAUCAAGAUCUUGCUAAGGAGAGGCUUUAUCAUGUGUAAACGAGAUACGACUCUGACACAUUUACGUAUCGCUGUUAACAUACUCGUCGGUGUAAUGCUGGGCACUGUUUUCCUGCGAUCCGGCGCCGAUGGUUCCCGCGUUUUGGACAAUUAUAAUCUUCUAUUUGCUAUCCUCAUACACCACAUGAUGACGACGAUGAUGCUCACGGUAGUUACCUUCCCAAUGCAAAUGUCUAUCCUCAUAAAGGAGCACUUUAACCGAUGGUACAGUCUAAAGGCGUUUUACACGGCGAUAACGUUGAUUGACGUACCCAUUUCGAUAAUGUGCUGUAUACUUUUCUCGAUAAUCGUCUAUUUUAUGUCAGCGCAACCAUGGGAAAUUAUUCGAUUUUCUAUGUUCCUCGCCAUUAGCCUUUUAAUCAUGUUUAUAGGACAAGGUACCGGGCUUAUGAUAGGUGCUGUAUUUAAUGUCGUGAAUGGCACCUUUAUAGGGCCAACGUUGGCAUGUCCACUAAUGAUGUUCGCUGGAUUCGGAGUAUCAUUACGUGAUCUACCAAGCUAUCUUAAGUGGGGGAGCUAUGUGAGUUAUUUACGAUAUGGUCUCGAAGGGUUUGUCGGGGCUAUCUAUGGGCUGGACAGACCCAUUCUAGACUGUAAAGAAAAGGGUGAGUUUUACUGUCAUUAUAAAUACCCUUCGAAAUUUUUGAAAGAUAUCUCGAUGAAAGGGGACCAAUUCUGGAACGAUAUUAUUGCGCUCGCUACAAUAUUGCUCAUCACACGAUGCAGCGCAUAUUUAUUAUUACGAUGGAAACUCAUGUCAUAUCGAUAAUAUCGAUGAUACUAAUGGAUCUUUAGAAUGUGAUUUUUUGUGCUCCACUACGUAUUUAAGUGACUAUGAGAUUUAAGUACGUACUUAUUAUUAAUUAUACUAUUAAUUUUCCAAUUUAUAGGGUUUAAGUUUUGCUCGCACUGAGAGAAAAGAUUUUGUUAAUUUAGCAAGUCACCAAUACUUAACCAGUGAUCGGUAAAUGUGACAACAAAUUAUGUUGUUGUGAUUGUUGCUAGUCUGCUAUACCAACCAAUUAUUAGUAAC